AAAGGUUUGCCAGCAGGAGGUUGUGGUGGCUUCAGUGUGCACCAUCUACAGCAAAACCACCAAAUGCUGAUGUUUUUGCUGACUCAUAUUCGGGAAAACAUGAUGCGCAGACACAAUGCACUGUAACUCUUUUUCUUUCCCCCACUAACCUCGAAAGUUUCUGUAGCUCAUGCAAUAAAUGGCUGAGGAAACAUGUGCAGUAACAAGAGAUGAAGCGGAGACCCAGAAAAACUGUGAUGAAGACCCAUUUCACGAUGCUGAAACAGCAUUCCCUGAUUGUUAUGACAGCAUUAGUGAAGGCAACAGAGGCUCAGAGAUGCCAGAAAGACUGUCUGUCCUCUCUAGCAAGGCUGUGGCCCAAGCACUUGCUGGACCAUCAGUGGUCAUCAGUGGCAGCCAUGCACAGAGCAAGGCUUCUGCCUUGGCCAAGCACCACCUGAUGGCUGUCAGUGCGUCAGCAGGAGGCUCAUCCUGCUCUACAACAGUCUAUAAACCCAAGGUUGGGGGCCUUGCCUCACCAUGCUCUGAAAGCAUCUACUGUAGCUGUGACCAAGAUUCAGAAGCAUCGUGUGUCCCUGGGGUGCCUGAGGAGGCUGGUGAGCCCCCCAGGGCAGUCGUGGCCCUAUUGGAGAACAACCUCAGGUGCUGCCACGUGCCUGCUGAUAGCGUGUGGCCUGUGGAGAGCUGCAUUGAGGGCAGCCCUUGCGGUCUGAGUUCAGCCAUCUGGAUGAAGACCACAACAGUAAUGGAGACCCUAGAAAGCAAGAAAAAGGAGGAAAAGGAGAAGUACCGACUCCAGCUAGCAAUGUACCGAAGACUUGUGCUGUUGCGUUCCAUCAGGAGCUUGCACAAGCAGCUGGAGCAGCAGCAGGCCAGGUUACAGGAAUGCUAUGGCAUGGUCAUAAAUACCAAGAAAGAAGUGUUAAAGCACAUUCGUUCAACCUUGCCCUCUCCUUCUCCGUAAUCAUGUUGCUGCAUGCAGAAAUGAGCUUUGUAAUGCCACUGGAGCCGUCAGUAAGCUUGCAUGCCAUGAGAUGGUUUCUUCUGAGCCAAGAGAACGUGCCCACAUGUGCUGAGAGCAGAGAGGAAAUGGCAACAGCAGAGCAAGAAGAAAGGGAAAGGCAAAGCAUGGGCCCCUGAAUUUGUCUGCAGGGAGCUGGAAUAAGAUUAUAUCUGCAAUAAGGAAAUGCUUGAUGUGCACUCAAGGCUUCAAGCCCAUGUAUGACAUGAAAUAGAGGAAAAAAAAAAAAAAAAAGGAAAAAAACUGAGAACAUAGUCUGACAUGAUCAGUAAAGGUGAUUUGAUGCCAGAGUUGCUGCCUGCUAAGCGUGUGAUACAACACAUCUCCCUUGGACAUCUAGUGGUAAUAAAAUGAGCAAAAUUAGGGUUCAGUUCUCUUCAGGAUAUUAGGAGCACUUAAACUCAGGCUUGAUGAUGUCCACCGAGCUGCCUGCUUUUUAGAAAACUGCUGAAGCUAUUGCAUGUUUGUGAUCUCUACCCUCCCACCAAAAAGAAAAAAAAAAAAAAAAAGUAUUCAUAUUGUCCAGAAAUCUUUCAGGGAGGUAGAAGAGUCAAACGCAUGUACAGAGAAACUGCAAUUGCCUGAGCCUCAUUAGAAAGGCAAGCUAAAAACAAAGGCCUCAUAAUCUGGCAUUAUGCUGGAAGCCCAGACUGUCAGUGCCAGGGGAAUGUUCAAGGUCUGCACAAUUAUUAAUCUGCUGCUAACUCCCAGUGGCACUAGUGUCUGCAAAUCAAGCACAUUUUGUGCCUUACUGCUGUCAUUUAAUGGAAGUUGGUGACAAUUAGCACUUUUUAUCCAGGUGUAUUAGAUGCCUGGAAAACCCCAGAGCAGUUUCUUCAGUUGCUAAGGUAGGAUGCCUGCAGGAAAUUUGAUGUCAGUAAGUAACAAACAAACAUAGAGAAAAAUAAAGGAAAAAAGAUGCAACUUUUCAUGCAUUAAAAAGCCAGUCUGGUCCCUAUUAUCAAACAGCAAAUUGAAUUGUUGAAUGUCUUAGAGUCUGAAGCAAAAACUAUGUAAGAAGAGCUUGAAAAGCUCCCCUUUCUGGGCCUUAGAGUAGCAUAGAAAAAUCUUUUUUUUUUUUUUCUUUUUUUUUUUUUCUUCAGAUACCCAUUUCUGAUGA